AUGGAAGCUGAAGAUGUAGUGGAGGUACUGCAGGAUCCGUCCAUGUAUACCAGAUCUAUCCAUAAAGAGAAUGGAGCUCGCUGGGUGCGUGGUCUCACUCCUGUGGAUGCUGAGGUAGAAAGGCAAGAACAAAGAGAUUAUAGAAGCGCAAUAAGAAGAAGAUUCUCUAUGUUUAAAUUUAACUCCCUGAUGGAACACUGGUUGCGCUUACCGAUUCUACUUGGUGUACUUUCCUUUAUUUCUACUGCAUUUUAUAUUGCCACAUGGACUGAAGUUUUCGCAAUAAACUUUCCCCCUAAUGAGGAAGAAUUAUGGGUAUCUGCUGCGAGACCACAGGAGAAACUCGAAAUGUUCCUUUACAAACUCUGGUACAUGUGGGGAGUUUCUUUUCUUCAAGCAUUGUUUAGUCUAACACUUUCAUGGUCUAUUGGUACUGCUGCUCGUCACUUUUCAGCCCUUUGUGGAGUAGGAAUUUCGUUAUUAUCUCUUAUGGCAAUUAUGGGUCAACUCCUAAUGUUAUGGUUAGCCUGUGGUAUUUCACCGUUAAGUAAAAGGAAUGAAUGUAAUAUUCCAUUUACCUUAUACUGGACGUUUAGUGUCGGUCGUACAGUUGGUCCAUUACUUGCUUUGUGGUGUAUAGCUCCUGUCUUAGACAUUAUGCAGGGGAACCGCUUUUAUUGGAAAAUUUUGCUAGGUGUACCUGUUUUUGUGUACAUUGUUGGAGUAACAUUAUUAGUAGUGGACGAGUCCUCAUCAGAAAGGGGUUACCUCGUGUAUUGGUGUUGUUGUUGUGCCGCACUUGUGAGUUGGGUUCCGCUGAUAGUUUCGUGUAUUAAACAGAGGUGGUUUCAAGUGGUAUUUACUCCAAAACGACACAAAGAGUAA